AUGGAGGUCCAUGCUCAGUUCCGAUCAUGUACAGGAGCUCACAGCUUUUCCACUCUGACUGUUAGACCUGGACAAAAUGUCUCCAUGAAGUGUCCCUUUUUAGCAGCAACGACAUCUUUCAAGAUAGGCUUUAUUGAAUAUGGACCAUUAAAUCCUGGACAUCGCAUCAAAGCCAUAAAAGAACCAGGAACAUUUGAUCUGCAAAUAAGUCCAGUAGAGAAAAGUGAUGCGGCGGUCUACUACUGUUUAAAAGUACAAGGACAUACGUUGAUGUUUGUAAUGGGAGCAUUUCUUCAGAUCACAGAACCAGAACCUUCUGUGUCUGUUCUCUCUGAAGCCCAACCAGGACAACCUGUGAAGUUCCAGUGUUCCGUCCUCUCCCAGUCUGGGAAUGAAAUCUGUCAGGAUGGAUACAAACUUCACUGGUUCAGAACUGGACCGGACAACAUCCAUCCCAGCUUUGUUUCCACUCAUGACGAAUGCAAGAAGGUCAACGAUAAGUCCACUCAGAAAUGCAUCCAUACUUUCUCAAAGAACAUCAGCUCUUCUGAUGCUGGAACUUAUAUCUGUGCCGUGGCCACAUGUGGGAGGAUUUUCAUGGGAAAUCCAAUUAAAGUCUUCGCUGAAGAUAUGAACAGGUGGGAUUCAAACACAUGCUCGAUUCAAAUUUGA